AAAACGGCUUGGAGAAACCCAGCCGGUUUAAGAAGGGGGAGAGGGAACAUGCGAUUUCUCGUCGAUGGUACUGUACAGGCAUUAGAGGUCACCAACACUACUCUCUGCUAUAACACUCCCCCCGCCACCCUCAACACGAGUUUCUUACCCUCCUCUUUCUUCUUCACGAGCUCCUCGUCCACCGUUCUCUUCUUCUCAUUUGCGGUAGGCACCCUUCCCGGUCCUGGGAUCGCCUAGCUCUGGUGUUGUCUUUUUUUAUUACUAUUUGCCUUUCCCAUCCCAUCGACCCCUCCCGCCCUACCGAUUGCUGUGGGAUAACCCGCUCUCCUGGUCCAAAAUUUUUUUUUCCCGCUCCGUCCCUGCUGAGACUCUCUAACUAUACGAUGCCCCCGCAACUACUACCGGCCUCGGCUGCCGCUUUUGCGCCGCGGGCCUCGUCCGUCAACGUCGUCUUAGGGUCCAAGGUCGAACCGUGGUUAACACAGACUCUAAAGCGCGUCAACAGGGUCAAGAGGCCGCUCAACAGCAUACCGCAACACCAGAGAUGUCUGACGGAAACGCUAUCCUCGCCGAACGCCAUCUGGACGCUGGCAUCGCUGAUGCUCCCCAAGGCGCCCGAGUCCGAGUUGCGCCAGGAUUCCAACCCGCUGAUAGAAGCCAUGCACAACUAUCGGCUCAUCCACAUCGAGGCCUAUAUUGUUCACGUCGAUAUGGUUCUCCGCAAUGAAGUCGCGUAUAAGUUGACGCCCGACUCGAUAGAGGCUCUCAUCGAGUAUCAUAAGAAUGUCUAUUCCGUCAACGCCAAGGAUGAGACCUACGAUUGGCCCGAGAAGGAGCAGCACGCCAAGAAGUUACACGAAGACUUCGUCCAGGCCAUCAACAAGUUUGUCUACCGGACUCAUGUUUCCGCGCUCGAAGGACUAGAAGAGGAGGGUGCCGGAGAGCUGCUUUGCGGGAAGAGCGAGGAGGUUAAGAAUAACAUCAUGGGAUUGCUGAAUAAGCCCCUUCUUCCGCCGCCACCGAAGAUCGUCGAUGUCGUCCGCCAGCCGCCCUUGCUGCCCAGUUCUCCGGUAGGCGCGAAUAUCUGGUCGCAGUCUACUCCGUCGCCGGCGCUGCCCGCUCCGGUCGAGCCCUGGCGAGUGCUGCCGUCUAGCCCCGGUGUCACAUCUACUUCGGUGGAGUCGAAUGCCCCGAUAUGGGCCAGUAUGGGCCUGCACGAGAUUCAAAUACCUUCGCCACCUGUACCGUACAGCCAACCCUACAGCUCGGCCGGGAUGUUCUACAGUUCGCCGAUGGUAGCGGCCCCGAUUCCGGCGCUACCUCUUCCUAGUAUGCUCGCAUCGCAAUGCGGUGUGGGCUCCGUGUAUGGGGGAAGUUUCGGCUGGGACCGAUAUCAAGAGUACGCGACGACCAUAUGACAAUCACCGCCUACCACAGGGGAUAGCUUCCCGGUGGUGACGACCUCAUAGCAAUCAUCGAGCCAGACGGCGACCGAGUUCCCGUUCCCCCCGGCUCGAUAAGGGAAUCCACGGCACCCGCGACACAGAUCUUAUCGCAUCCCGAGGUAUACCGGCGUUUGGCACCUAACAGGAGCGAGCCUUCGACCGCGUCGGCAUAUAAUACUCCCGGUUCCUUUUCUGCUUCUUUCUUCUCUCCCCUCGUCUUUCA